CUACAGGCAGCAUUUCGUGAUCCGGCUUCCCCCUUUUACCUCGCUCCCGGUACCGUUGGUCCAGCCUCUCCCGACGAAAUCCCUCUCGAAUUCUCAUCACUUCGCCCAUUGACCACAUCUAACCCAAACGAGCAUGAUACCAAGCCAUACAAAUCGUUAUACCCAGACCACUUAGCUUCAGCGGAGGAGGCAAAGGCAACGUUGACAUCUAUGGGAUACGAUGCGGCGUCGCUUUUUGAGCAGAAGAUUGUAUGGGGAGACCACGAUUCGUUUCAGCGAGUAUCACUCUCUUUACCUGGCCGCAUUGUAUGGUUGCACGCUCUCGGACACAGACUGGGCGGUGCCCAGAAGGCGCAGAAUAUGACAACUGGCAAGGGCGUCUCGGUCAUCCUCAAGUCCAUCAACGUGAACUUCAAACGUCCGGUCGUCUUUCCCGAUACACUUUUGAUCGGUCAUAGGAUCUUCGCGCCCGGGCAGUCAGGUGUCGUUUCAACCAAGGCCUCACGCAUGCAGUUCGACCUUGAGGCUGUCGCGUACUCGUACAAGCAGCAGAGGAUCGUCACCGAGUCGGUUUCCACUCUCGUGUGGUACGACUACGACACGUUGAAGAAGUGUGAUCCUGGUGAGAAGGCUUGGGCAGUGCUACAUCAGCAGGAACCUUUGAAAUAG